AUGAUUCAACAAACAAUGGAAGAAAUCAUUAUGGAACCCGAAAUUCAUUUGAAAUCUCUGGGAUUGGCCCUUGCUGGAAGUGAAAGAGAAAAAGCAAAAGAGCAACUAAAGAAAUUAAUGAAAGAAAAAUGUGAUUUAAUCGAAUCUGUUGAGCCGUGCACAGAUUCUCAGUGUGCUUUGUCUAUGGUAUCCAAAUCAGGAGCUGGAAUGUUGCUAAUCUCGGGAACCGGAUCUUGUUGCCAGUUAAUCAACCCAGACGGUGUCGCAAGACAAUGUGGUGGCUGGGGUAAUAUUCUUGGGGACGAGGGGUCAGCUUACUGGAUUUCUUAUAAGGCCAUUAAAAUUAUUUUUGACCAUGAAGACGGCUUGGUGAAGAGUUCGCAUGACAUUGCUUACAUUAAAAAAGCAGUUAACGUAUAUUUUGAGAUAGAAGAUAAAAUGAGCCUCAUGGACAUUUUCUAUAGCAAAUUUGACAUUAGAAAAGUUGCAGGAUUUUGCGUUGAAGUGGCAAAAGGGGCGACGGAAGUGAAAGACGGACUUUGUCUCUAUGUCUUUGAUGAAGCAGGACGUUACCUUGCCAAGCAUAUUACUGCACAGCUUCCUUCAGUCAGUGAGGAAAUGCUUUCAGCAUCUGGAGGACUCCAAGUUGUUUGCGUCGGAUCAGUUUUUAAGAGUUGGGACCUUCUGCGAAAAGGAUUCAUAGAUGUAUUACAAGGAUACAGUGAGAAGGGAAAGUUGAAGGAAAUUUCACUGCUGCGAUUGACGCAAAGUGUGGCAAUUGGAGCAGCUUUUCAUGGAGCACGGACGGUGAAUCAAAUCUUACCGAUCGAAUACGACAAAAAUUAUUCCGUUUUCCUGAAUAUGAAAUUCUAG